AUGACCAGUAGAAGACUCGAGGAGUCCAUGGGGGCUGUUCAGAUGGGGUUAGUCAGAAUGCUGAAAGGAUUCCAAAGCAAGGUUCUGCCACCCUUGAGUCCAAGGGUGGUUACAAAAGAAGAAGCAAAUCCAAUGCUGACACCCUCGGAAUUCCUGAAGGAAAUGUCCCUUACCACAGAGCAGAGACUGGCUGAUACACGUUUGAUGUACCGACCACAGAUCAUCGAACUUUUAGAUAUGGGGGAAACGCAUCAAAAGUCCUCAGGAGUUGACCUGGAUCAGGCAUUAUUCCAGCCCUUUCCAUCAGAAAUUGUGUUUCAGAACUAUACUCCCUGUGAAGUCUAUGAAGUUCCACUCAUUUUGAGGAAUAAUGACAAAAUUCCAAGGUUGGUGAAAGUUACUGGGGAAAGUUCACCUUACUUUAAAGUCAUCAGCCCCAAAGAUUCCGGCCACAAAGUAGCUCCCGGCGUGCCAUCCAUAUUCCGAAUCCUCUUCUCUCCAGAGGAGAACAAGGAUUAUGCCCAUAUUUUGACCUGUAUAACUGAAAGAGAAAAGUUUAUUGUACCCAUCAAAGCUAGGGGUGCACGAGCCAUCCUAGACUUUCCUGACAAACUGGAUUUUUCCACUUGCCCUGUCAAAUACAGCACUCAGAAGAUUCUGCUGGUACGAAACAUUGGCAACAGAGAUGCUGUGUUUCACAUGAAAACCCACAGGCCUUUCUCCGUGGAGCCGUCUUCCGGAACUCUUAAUGUGGGGGAGUCCAUGCAGCUGGAAGUGGAUUUUGAGCCGCAGACUGUGGGCAGCCACAGCAAAAGGCUUAUCGUGCAUUACGACACAGGUGAAAAAGUCUUUUUAUCUCUGUAUGGAGCUGCCAUAGACAUGAAUAUAAGGCUGGACAGAAAUUCCUUGAUCCUUGAGAAAACCUACAUAUCUCUGUCCAGUCAGCGAAUUAUAACUAUUCACAACCGCAGUAACAUCAUUGCCCACUUCCAGUGGAAGAUAUUUGCUACCCAGGAAGAAGAAGACAGAGAAAAGUUUAGGGUCUGUGAUGACCUGAGCAAAGAGGAAAAGAACGAGACCGAUGAGUUUCUUGAAGAGUGCAUUAUUGAUCCUUCACUCCGAGAACGUCUUUCCAUUCUCUCCCGCACCUUUGAGAAUCAGAGGAGGCUGGUUCAGGCAGACAGCAUGCUCUUCUUGAGUAACAUUUUCACUAUUGAGCCCCUGGAAGGUGAUGUCUGGCCUAACUCUUCAGCUGAAAUCACGGUGCACUUUAAUCCUCUGGAAGCCAGGCUCUACCAGCAGACAGUUUACUGUGACAUUUCAGGCCGAGAGAUCCGUCUGCCCCUCCGAAUCAGAGGGGAAGGAAUGGGACCAAAGAUUCACUUCAACUUUGAAAUGCUGGACAUUGGAAAAGUUUUCAUUGGAUCUGUACAUUGUUAUGAGGCAAUACUAUCCAACAAAGGCAGCAUUGACGCCCUCUUCAACGUGAUCCCUCCAACUUCAGCUUUGGGGACCUGCUUUGUUUUCAGCCCCAGGGAAGGCAUCAUCGAACCAAAUGGAGUUCAGGCGGUCCAGAUCUCUUUCAGUUCUGCCAUUUUGGGGCACUUUGAAGAAGUAUUCCUGGUCAAUGUCAAUGGUUCCCCUGAGCCUGUGAAAUUGACCAUUAGAGGCUGUGUCAUUGGACCUACCUUCCAUUUUAACGUUCCUGCUCUGCACUUUGGUGAUGUUUCCUUUGGCUUCCCUCAUACCUUGAUAUGUUCCCUCAAUAAUACCUCCUUGGUCCCCAUGACCUUCAAACUGCGUGUCCCUGGAGAUGGUGAUGGCCGUAAAAGCAUUUCAAGUUGCCAGUAUUCAGACUACAAAAUGCCGUCUUGGAACAAGGACGAAAUACGCAUAAUGCAACCAAAAGAAUUCACCAUCACUCCCAGCAGUGGCACCAUUCGCCCCCAAGGAUUUGCCGCUAUCAGGGUAACCUUAUGCUCCAACACUGUGCAGAAAUACGAGCUGGCCCUGGUGGUGGACGUGGAGGGCAUUGGGGAAGAAGUGCUGGCACUCCUAAUUACUGCAAGGUGUAUUGUACCUACCCUCCACAUGGUUAACCCAGAGGUGGACUUCGGGCGCUGCUUCCUGAAGUACCCCUACGAGAAAACAGUCCAGCUUGUCAAUCAAGAUGACCUCCCAGGAUGCUAUACGGUCCUGCCUCAGGUAUAUGGAGAUAAGCCUGCUGUGUUACUCUCCAGUCCCACGCCCUGUGGAGUCAUCCCUCCCCACAGCACUGUUCACAUACCUCUGGCCUUGGAGACCCAGGUCACUGGGGAAUAUAGGUCCACAGUCUACAUCUCAACUUUUGGGAGCCCGGACCCCCCUAUGGUCUGUCGCAUAAAGAGCAUCGGAGAAGGCCCAGUUAUCUAUGUACAUCCCACUCAAGUUGAUUUUGGCAGUAUCUACGUCCUAAAGGACUCCUCAAGGGUUCUCAACCUGUCUAACCAGUCCUUCAUCCCUGCGUUAUUUCAGGCACGCAUGGCACACAAAAAGUCCCUGUGGACAGUUGAACCCAGUGAGGGCAUGGUUCCCCCGGAAACCGAUCUUCAGCUGACACUGAAGGCCAACGUGAACGACAUCCUGACAUUCAAAGACACGGUCAUCUUGGACAUAGAAAAUAGCAGCACUUACCGGAUUCCUGUCCAGGCUUCUGGAGUUGGUUCCACCAUUGUCUCAGAUAAGCCAUUUGCUCCAGAACUCAAUUUGGGAGCACAUUUUAGCCUGGACACCUACUAUUACCGCUUCAAGUUGACCAACAAAGGACGUCGGGUCCAACAGUUGUUCUGGAUGAAUGAAGAUUUUUGUCCACAGGGCAAGCUGAGCAAGAAGGGCCUGGCUAAGAAGGGUCUUGCUAAGAGCCAGCCCCAACCUCAGGGCUCCCAGGAGUCCAGGGCGCCCCUGGGCCCCGUGUUUCAGCUCCAUCCCGUCAGAAUGGAGCUGUACCCUGACCAGACGAUCGACGUGAUACUCGAAGGCUAUUCUGCUACUCCCAGGAAAGUCAAAGAAAAGCUGGUGUGCCAUGCCAUGAUCGGGGCACAAAAGGGGAAGAGCUUGGUGAUGACUGUGAAUAUCCUCUGUGAGUUUAUAGCGCCGCUUAUCCAGCUGUCCACAAAACAGCUCAUAUACCGACUGGAGAAGAAACCUAACACUAUCCUGGAACCUGAUUACCAGCCCUUGGUUAUAAAGAACAUUUCCACUCUGCCCGUGAAUGUGUUACUUUCAACAAGCGGACCCUUCUUUAUCUGCGAGACUGAUAAAUCUCCCCUGCCACUAAUUCCUGAGCCCCUUAAACUGGAGAUUGAUGGAGAAAAAAAGUUGCUGGUCAAAUUCGACCCUUCCUACAGAAAUGAUUUGAACAACUGGGUGGCAGAAGAGAUUCUAGCGAUCAAAUACAUAGAGCACCCCCAAGUAGACAGCCUGAACCUGCGGGGGGAAGUGAACUACCCCAACCUCAGCUUUGAGACCACGGAGCUGGAUUUCGGCUGUAUCCUGAACGACACCGAGGUCAUUCGAUACAUGACGAUCACCAACUGCAGCCCCUUGCUGGUGAAGUUCCGCUGGUUCUUCCUGGUGGACGACGAGGAAAAUCAGAUCAGGUUCGUGUCAUGGCCGAGGAAGGCCUACACUGGCCCCCUGUCCCAGGCGGAGUCCAUCCCACUCACCUCGACUUAUGCCAGCUCGCAAGCAGUGCCAGCGACAGAGUCCCCCGAGAUGGAUCUAAACGAUUUUGUUAAGUAAGUGCAAAUGACUGGUGUCGGGUGUGAAGAAAGAGAAAACAAGAAAGUACAAGUGCCCACCGUGGUCAUCUCCGAUGUACAGUUUUCAAUUUAUGCGGGAUUAAACCUCAACUCUGAUGAAACAGAAAAAACAGACCCAAACCCGAGCCAGGUGGAGGUUCAGGAACCCCCAUGGAUCCUGGAGCGGGAAGAAAUAUUUUCCAUCGGGAUCGAAGAAGUGUUUGAUAUUCUGCCCCUGUACGGAGUGCUGCAGCCGCACAGUAGCCAUCAGAUGUCAUUCACCUUCUACGGACACUGUGACAUCAUUGCACAGGCUAAAGCCCUGUGCGAAGUGGAAGGAGGGCCCACCUAUGAGAUACUGCUGAAGGGAGAGGCUUCCCUGGUCAACUAUUCCUUUGACACCAAGGAUAUUAACUAUGGGUUACAGCUGUUCGACCACAUCUCAGAGAAUGAGAUCACACUGAGGAACACUGGCAAAGUUGGCUUUGAGUUCAAGGUUCUGACUGACCACCUGUCUUCACCAGACCACCUUCUGCCUGGGGUGCCCCUAAUCCUGCCCGUUUCGGGUUUUAUCAGUUCACAUCAAGAGCAGGAGCUGAAGGUUUACUACUUACCUGGAGUACCUGAGGUCUUUCAGAGGAGUUUCCAGAUACAGAUUGCACACCUGGACCCAGAAAACAUCACUCUGCGUGGAGAGGGAAUUUUCCCCCGAAUCUGCCUCGAUCUCCCCAGGAAACUCCGCGGAAAUGAGAAGUAUGAAACCUUUUUGAAUCAAGCCAGAAAAAACCUAGAAAAAGAACACCACAAGAAACAUGAAAUACUCAUUCACCUAGAGACAACUGAGGAAAUGUCUGAGGAUGAAUCUUUGGAGUUAAGUCCUCAGCUCCAGAUGGAGGUAGAGCGACUUAUAGUCCAAAGCUACGCCAUAGAACAUCAGAAAACAAUUAUCCCCGAUUCUGCAGAUGACCUGAGCUAUCGGAGUCGUCAAAAACUAGCCAAAGUCCAGCUGCCAGAGUAUGUCCUGGAUUUUGGCUACAUCAUCCUUGGUGACGUCCGGACACAUAUCAUCAAGAUCACCAACACCAGUCACUUCCCAGUGUCCUUCCAUGCAGAAAAGCGUGUCCUUCAUGAUACAGGCUUCAGUACUGAGUUAGAUCGUGUAAAGAAUCUCCCUUACUGUGAAACGGAAACAUUUGAAAUCAAAUUUGACCCACAAGGAGCCAGUCUUCCUGUUGGAAACAAAGAGGUCAUCUUACCCAUCAAGGUGACCGGAGGACCAACAGUUCACAUCUGUCUCCAAGCCAAGGUGACCAUUCCCACUAUGACACUGUCUUGUGGGAAAGUGGAGUUUGCCACAGUUCAGUGUGGACAGUGCCUCGUGGAAACUAUUCAGUUUUCUAAUCCUCUCCAAGUCCCUUGUGAAUGGUUCAUCCACAGCCAUAAGCCAGUUAACAAGCUGGAGAAACAUAUGCCAAAAUACUUAAGACGGAAACUCCAUGCUGAAUUAAAGCCUAAGACACGCAUCUUUGAGAUCCAGCCCAUGUCUGGGGUCUUGGAUCCUGGGGAGAAGUCCAAUGUGCAAGUGAAAUUCAUGCCUAAAGAAGAGAAAUUCUACAGCCAAACCCUGGUGUUCCAGAUUUCGCAGAGUGCUCAGAAGCUUAUGCUGCUGGCACAGGGGCAAGGUCUAGAGCCACGCUUGGAAUUUAGUCCUUCAGUUCUGGAGCUGGGGCCUCUGCUGCCUUAUGCACCUGGAGAUGAGGGUGAGGUGGUGGUGAAGAAUCCCUGCAGCUUUCCCAUUGAGUUUUACUCCUUAGAAUUUGACCAGCAGUAUCUCUUAGAAGAGAAGGUCUUGCGAACGCUGAAAGGCUACGAUUCCUAUAACACGCUGCUGCUGCCCCCCCGCCUUCCGGGGGACAAGCUGCCCCCAGAGCUGUACGAGUACUUUAAGGAGAUGAAGCGGUCGAAAGAAGAGCAGAUGAAGGCCAAGUAUCUGGAGAGUCUGGUCCAGGAAAACGAAGAGGAAGACGGGCUGUCAUCUGAUCUGGGAACCUCAGCCAGUACAAAGAGGACCUCACUGAGCCAAGGGAUCUCAGUCACAUCCAACCUCGAAGAACGGCACCUUCCCACGGCCGAGUCCAAGACCUACCCAGAUGAAGAGGAAGAUGACGAGAGCCUGGAAAAAAUCAUGUUUCAAACUGACAAGUUACAGAGCAUUGACAGCCACUCCACAGAAGAAGUUGGAGAAGUCGAGAACAAUCCAGUAAGCAAGGCGAUCGCUCGCCACCUGGGCAUUGAUAUUUCCUCAGAAGGCCGCAUAUCCAAGAACAAGAAAGGCAUCGCCAUUAUCAUCCAUGGGACGCCCUUGUCCGGAAAAUCAGCCACUGCAGUCAGCAUAGCCAAAUACUACAAUGCAGCCUGCUUGAACAUUGACUCCGUCGUGCUGGAAGCCAUCUCCGACGGCAGCAACAUCCCGGGAAUCCGGGCCCGGGAGCUCUGCAUUAGGGCUGCCAUAGAGCAGUCCAUGAAGGAAGAAGAGUCUGCCCAGGAGGCUGCGUCGGGCCAAACCGCUGUGGGACAACUACGUCUAAGCAGUGAGACCCUGGGCAAGCUGACCUCAGAUUCCACGCUGGUCACCCCCGAAAUUAAACCUACGAAGCCGCUGCGCGGAAGCAUGGUGAUCGCCAAAAGCAAGACGGAGAGCCACGGCUCCGGGUCUCAGAAGCAGCAUCACCAGCACGCGCCGGAGACGCCGCAGGUUUCCUCCAGCCCCCUCCCUACGGGGCCCGCGCAGCGCCGGCUCAGUGUCAGCCCCAGUAUCGGAGGUGAGACGGGGCUCGUGAGCUGUGUGCUCCCCGAGGACCUGCUCACCCAGAUCCUGGCUGAGCGCAUCCAGCUGAGUGACUGCUUCCGGGGAGUGGUGUUUGACAGCCUCGAGACCCUCUUCGCUCGGAACAUGGCCGUGGCUCUCCUCUGCCUUCUGAAGGCCAUCGGCUGCCGGGACCACAUCUAUGUUAUCAACAUGGCCCAGGAUUACACAGCCAUGAAGGCCCAGGAGAAAGCCAAAAAGGAGCAAGAAGAGCGCAAACACAGGGAGGCACUUGAGAAAGAGAAGGAGCGUCUCCAAAAUAUUGAUGAGGAUGAAUAUGACGCCAUGACAGAGGAGGAGAAGAUCGUGUUCAAUCGAGAGGUUCAGCAGGCCCUCCGCGAGAGGAAAAAGAGGGAGCUGGAGAGGCUGGCACGGGAGAUGCAGGAAAAGAAGCUGCAGCAGGAGCUUGAGCGGCAAAGGGAAGAAGAUGAACUGAAACGGAAGGUCAAAAAGCCAAAGCAAUUACCAGUGAAGGAGGAACCUCCCGCGAAGAAAUCUCAAACCAGCCGGCAGAUUCUUACUUUUUCCAAACUAGAGGUCAAGACGGAUGCACUGGAAAGGAAAACAUCUGUUAGGGAACAUUUAAAUGAGAAGGAUGAUCUAAGCAAGAAGAAGAAGAACCAGCUAGGAGACAUCCACCUGCUCGGGCUCCCCCUGGUGCAGGAGCAAGAAGACAGUGAGGGGGACCUCCUGAAGGAUGCUGACAGGCACCUGGCCCAGAAGUUUAAGACCUACGAGUUGACUCUGAAGGAUAUUCAAAACAUCCUCAUGAACUGGGACCGGAAGCAAGGCAUUCUGCUGCAUCACGCUGGCGCCGAGGACAUGACCCACGAGCCUGACGACCAGCGCCAGGUCCCUUCAGGCGGGCGCCGAGGCCGCAAGGACCGAGAGAGGGAGCGCGCAGAGAAGGAGAGAGCGGAGAAGGAGCGCCAGGAACGGGAGAAGGCCGAGAAGGAGCGUCUGGAGAAGCUCCGGGCCCUGGAGGAGCGAAGCGAUGGCGGAGAGGGGGAAGGAGGGGAGGAGGACCACCACGAGGGGAAGAAGGACCUGGGUGUCCCAUUCAUAACCAUCCAGACGCCCGACUUCGAAGGCGUGAGCUGGAGGCAGGCCAUGGAGAAUGACAGGCUUCCCAAAGGGGAUCAGAUCCUGGACGUCUUGGGUCUGGGUUCCUCGGGACCACCCAUCCCACCUCCCGCCUUAUUCUCAGUCAUCUCCUACCCCCUGAAGCGGCUGCCUUUGGCCACAACAGAAAUCCUGAAGCAUUUCGUGUUUGUGAUCUCCCCAUCUGAAGAGCUGUCCCUGCUGGAGGAGAAAAGAGAAGGGGAAGCAGAAGCAGAGCUUUCGGGCACCGCAGGCUCUGGGAAGAUCCAGGAGGAGCAGACCACCUCCUCUAAGGGGAGCAGACAGAAACCAAAAGAAAAAGCAGACCAGGCACGAGACACUCAGAAGGACAAACGUCGCAUGGCCUUCAACAGGAAGGGCCUCUCUGCGGGAACAGCCGGAGCCAUUGCCCCCUUGUCGGACAUGGACCAGAACAACUUCGCUGGGCAGUUCUCCCAGGAGAAAUUCAUCAGGCUGAAUCAUUUCCGGUGGAUCGUGCCAGCCAACGGUGAGGUGACGCUGCGAAUACACUUCUCUUCCAACGACCUCGGGAACUUCGACCAGACGUUCAACUUCGAGAUCCUUGGAACCCGCCGCCAGUACCAGCUCUAUUGCCGAGGUGUCUGCUGUUACCCCUACAUUUGCCAAGACCCGAAAGUGGUAUUUCCUCAGCGAAAGCCAGACAUGAAGCAAAACGAGGUCAUCUUUAAGAAGUAUAUUAUGAACACAGAGAGGUUUUACUUCGGGCCACUGCUUUGCGGAAAAUCAAGAGAUAAGUACAAGUCCUCCUUGUUCCCAGGCAACACAGAGAAGCUGACCAUCCUGAACAAUUCCCCAAUGGUCGUGGAGGCAUUCUUCUGUUUUCAGAAUGAUGUCAAAGCAAACACGUACUUCCUGGAGCCCAUCAACAUGACUCUGAAACCCAAUGAGAAGCAGAUGCUGAAUAUAUGGGCCUACCCUACUGCGGUCGGUGUCUUUGAUGACUGCAUUGUCUGCUGCAUCAAGGAGAACCCAGAGCCAGCUGUCUUCAAGUUAACCUGCCAAGGGGUCCGCCCAGAACUCGAGCUGGACUCCAAACAAUUGCAUUUUGACCGGCUCUUGUUGCACAGGAAAGAAUGCAAGGUAAUUCUUCUCCGCAACGUCACACCCCUGCCGGUGACCUGGCGGAUCACCAGCCUGGAUCACCUGGGUGACGACUUCGCCGUGUCCACCAUGCAGGGUACCAUCCCCAGCAAGGCUGAGUACAGCCUGCAGGUGUACUUCCAGCCCUCCAAGCCUGUCAACAUCAAGAAGGUGAUCCGGUUGGAGGUUUUAGAUGCAGAAAAUCUUGUUGGAGUGGUUCAGAUUGAAAACAUCUUGGUCUUUGCAGAGUCUUACGACGUCGCCUUGGACAUCACCUUCCCCAAAGGAGCUGAAGGAGGCCUUGACUUUGGGAUCGUGAAGGUCAUGGAAGAGGUGAAGCAGCCCCUCCAGCUGAAGAAUCGUGGGAAGUAUGAGAUCAUGUUCAGCUUUUCUGUGGACUCCUUGGGGAUUUUGGCAACCAAUGUAAAUUCCAUGAUCUCUAUCCAACCCAAGAAGGGCUCAUUAACCUCAGCGGAAAAGCCCACAAAUGUCCAGGUGUUAUUUCGUGCAAAAAAGGAAGUGAAGAUUGAACACCAACCAAUUCUGCGCUGUCAGAUUAUUGAACCCAAUAUCACAGAAGGAGGUGAAACCAUUGCCAGCAUCCCAAUCAAGUUUUCUGUGAAUGCGGUGUACUCUAAAUACAACAUCAGCCCCUCCUCCAUCAUCAACUUUGGGGCUUUGAUCUGUGGCACUCGGAAAAGCACCACCUUCAGCAUAGAAAAUCAAGGUGUUACUGACUUCAAGUACGCCCUCUAUAGGCUGACCGGGGAGAGCCCCAUUCAUCAAAAGAAAGUAGUCAGCCAUGUCAGACGUGCAAGAUCCCGGGAAAGUGAGAGCUACUACAAGCCUGGCCCUUCCAAAUCAACCAAGUUGUCUGAUGCAGUUCAGAAAGAAGUAAAUGUCACAAACCAGGCGCGUUUCACCCACGGCAUGUUCACUGUGUACCCCGGAUUUGGCUCCAUCCCUCCGGGAGGAGUGCAGGCCAUCACUGUCGACUGCGUGGCUGACCCCGUGGGAAGGUGUGAGGAAUUCAUAGCGAUCGAUAUAUCUGACCGAGACCCAAGAGACCAGCCUGCUGGCAUUCCUUACAGCUUGCUGGCCGAAGCCUGUCUACCAGCCUUUGUGACCGACAACAAUGCCGUGAUAUUUGAGGAGCACCAGAUCUGCAGCAGUGCCACUCUGCUCAACAUCCUCCAGACCAUAGAGAGUGGGGGGCUCUUUGUGGAGGACGAGAACAAGUUCAUCUUCUGCAACGUCCUGGUGGGUCAUCGGGCCAAGGCUCGUUUCAAGAUCAGCAACGUGGGGAAGAUCGCGUGUGAUGUGAACGUCGUAGUUAAGCCCAUCUCCAACAAGCUCAUUGCCCGAAUCACUGACAUUUUUGAAGUGGAACCUAAUAAGAUGUGUGUCGCCAGCCGCUCGCAUGCCUUUGCCACGGUGACCUUCACCCCGCAGACCAUGCAGACCUACCAGUGUAUCUUCGAGGCUACCUUGGAUGGCUUGCCCAGCAACCUGACCAGGAACCGCAGCCUCGCGUUUGAUAUCGUCGGGGAAGGGACCCUGCCUCGGGUGAUCGUGGUGCGGCCGGUUCUCUGCAACCAGCAUGGAAACCCCUUGCUCCUCUUCAAGAGGCUUCUGCUCGGUCAGUCAGAGAAGCUGCCUCUCGUCCUCAAGAACAACGGCACCAUCCCCGCCCAGCUGCAUGUCGAUCUGAGGGACCAACUAGGUGUCUUCUCCCUGAAAGGGAUCCCCACCACCUCCUACAUCUACAUCACAGAGGAAAACAAACCACAUGCCAAAGCAAAGAAAGCUCACACGGCCUCCCUGGUUGUUCCUCCUGGAAACACAGCUGGAUUCGAUGUUGUUUUCCAAUCCCAGAAGGUUGGGAGAAUGAAAGGCACCAUCCACUUGUCAGUGGUCGACAACCAGUAUGAGGAGACAAUCAUCCACAUGGUGGGAGAAGGUUAUGAGGAUGACAUCACCUUGGGCAACAUCCAUGGGCUGGUGGUUUCCGGCAGCCCUGAGACCCCAGAGAUCUCUGAGAUCAUUGAGGAAAAUAGUAUGGAAGACUUAGUAACAGCUUCUCUGGUGGACCACAUCCAGUUUGGGGACUGCCACAUUGGAAACAGCUAUAAUGUGAGCUUCACAAUCACAAACCACAGCCAAGUGAAUGUGAUACGGUUUGAAUGGCCCCUUUUAGCUACAGUUUCCUUUUCCCCACAGAUGGGCCACCUCCACCCUGGGUGUGCCAAGGACACAGUGGUGACCAUGAAGUCAGACGUGCCCAUCAAUCUGAAGAAGAUGGGGAUCAAGUGUAAGCUGUCCAGGAUCACGUUUCCACUCCCUGCAGAGCAGGUCCCUGACUGGGAUGACCGCAUGCGCACAGUUAAGUGGGUGGAUAUGCUCAGAAACCCACCAGGGACUUUGACUACAAAACGAAAGGUGAUAGAGACAGACCCUGAGCCCGCCCACUCUGUAGUAGAAGAGAACUAUCGAGAACUGCAUCUUCAGAUCAGUGCCAAUGUGAAUUUUGCUUCGUAUGCAUGCCACACAAGCAACGUGCACUUUAAAGAAACGCUGGUUUACCAGACCCGAGUGUUUGAGUUUGAACUGGUUAAUUCAGGAAGCGUGCAGCUGGAAUUCAACUGGGUCUCAGAAGAGACUACAAAGGCUGUCAGUUUUGCAAUGCCAGAUAACCAAGGUUCCUCUCAAAAAGACCAGCUUAGCCAGGGCACGCUGCACACGGUCAGCACCCUGGAGAGUGCCACUGACCACUGGAACGAAGUUUCCCUCCCACCCUUCUCUGUGGAGCCGUCCUCAGGCACUGUGCCUGCAGGCAAGACUCAGAAGCUCAAAGUGAAAUUCUCCCCGCUGGAGGUUGGAGACUUCGAGGGCCAUCUUUUCUGCCUGAUUCCCAACUUGCCGCCCGGGGAGCAAGGUCCAGUCCUAACAACAAAAGGGCGGAGCUUCUUGCCCUUCUGCCAUUUUGACCUGAAACAUUCUGACUACAUCAGCGGUCAUCGGCGCAACCCAGACCUCCGAGGGCCUGGUGGUGGGGCUCUGGACCCUAACACCCGGGUGAUUGAGUUCACCAGUGUGGGCAUAGGAGGGAAGAGUCUCCGGACUUUUACAAUCCUGAACCCCACUAAUACCACCUACACCUUCUGCUGGAUCUCCGAAGAAACUGAAAGUCUCCAGAACCCUCCAGCCUUCACAUGCCUUACAGAGAAGGGCCUCAUCCAUCCGGAAAAGAAAGCUGAGAUUACCUUCCAGUUCACACCUUCCCAUCUGGACAUCACAGAAGCCUUCUGGACUUUCUUAAUCCCUGAACACAGCAUCACCAUCCCUUUCCUACUGGUGGGCAAAGCCACCGAUCCUCUCAUCAAUCUGGACAAGUCACACCUCAACUUCAGUUGUCUCCUCAUUGGCAGAGAAGCCAGGGAGACCGUGCACAUCAUCAACAAGGAGGAGCAGGGGUUCUCUUUUGCCUUCCAGGACAACUCCCGGUACUCCGAAGGUUUCAGCAACAGCCUGGUCAUAUGUCCCAUGGAAGGUUGGAUUCCGCCACAGUCCAGGUUCCCGGUUGAUAUUUUCUUCACACCAAAGCAGGAGGGAGAUGUGAACUUUAAUUUGAUCUGCAAUGUGAAAAAGAAAGCUCACCCUCUGACUUUAAAUGUCAAGGCUGAGGGAUACACUAUGAAUGCGGAGGUCAAGUGCAAGGACAGGACUGGCUUGAUCACUCUCCUGACUCCCAAAGAGACUAACAUUUUCAACUUCUAUGAGGUAGAGUUGAACGAAUGUGUCCAAUGUGAACUCAGCUUUAUCAACACUGGAAAAUUCAACUUCAGCUUCCAGGCAGAGCUAUCUGGCCCCAAAUCCCUAUUGCAAUACUUGGAAUUUUCCCCCAUUGAUGGCAGUGUGGAUGUGGGGCAGACUGCACAUGCCUCCGUGUCUUUCCAGCCAUUUAAGAAGUGUGUCUUGAAAGGCCUGGAACUCAGAAUCAAGAUCAGCCACGGCCCGACAUUUCUGUGCAGCCUCUCAGGCUGUGCUGUGAGCCCCGCCGUUCAUUUCUCCUUCACCAGCUACAACUUUGGGACCUGCUUCAUCUACCAAGCUGGGAUGCCCCCAUACAAACAAAUCCUGGUUGUCACCAACAAGGAAGAAACGUCUAUGAGCUUAGACUGUCUGUAUACCAAUACCACAUACCUCGAGGUAAACUUCCGCGUCGAUGUGAUAAAGCCGGGAAAGACACUGGAGAUUCCAAUCACCUUUUAUCCUCGAGAAAGUAUCCAAUACCGAGAACUCAUCCCCUUUGAAAUCAAUGGGCUCUCACAGCAAAUAAUUGAAAUCAAAGGGAAAGGCACCGAAAUGAAGAUUUCAGUGCUAGAUCCAGCCAACAGGAUUGUGAAGUUAGGAGCUGUCCUGCCGGGACAGGUAGUAAAGAAAACGGUUUCCAUCAUGAACAACAGCCACACCCAGCUCACAUUCAGCCUGUCGGUCCUGUUCUCAGUUCCAGAACUCCAGGAACCCAAGGUCCUCACCCUGAUACCCUUCCACAACAUCACUCUGAAGCACAAAGAGGUCUGUAAGCUGGAAGUCAUCUUUGCCCCGAAAAAGCGCAUCCCUCCCUUCUCUGAGGAGGUGUUAAUGGAGUGUAUGGGGCUCCUGCGUCCUCUCUUCCUACUGAGCGGCUGCUGCCAGGCCCUGGAGAUCUCCCUGGACCAGGAGCAUCUCCCCUUCGGGCCAGUCGUGUAUCAGACACAAGCCACGCGUCGCAUCCUUAUGUUGAACACGGGUGACGUGGGUGCAAGGUUUAAAUGGGAUGUCAAAAAAUUUGAGCCUCAUUUCUCCAUCAGCCCAGAAGAAGGCUAUAUCACUGCGGGCAUGGAGGUUUCUUUCGAAGUGACCUACCAUCCCACUGAAGUGGGCAAGGAGACUCUCUACAAAAACUUGCCCUGCUUCAUCCAGGGAGGCAAUCCCCUGAGCCUGACCCUCUCUGGAGUCUGUGUGGGACCACCUGCAGUAAAAGAGGUGGUGAACUUCACCUGCCAGGUGCGCUCCAAGCACACGCAGACCAUCAUGCUUUCAAACCGUACCAACCAGACCUGGAACCUGCACCCCAUCUUUGAGGGUGAGCACUGGGAGGGGCCUGAGUUCAUCACCCUGGAGCCCCAUCAGCAAAACAAGCCCUAUGAGAUCACCUACAGACCCCGCACCAUGAACUUGGAGAACCGCAAACAUCAGGGCACCCUCUUCUUCCCCCUCCCCGAUGGGACUGGCUGGCUAUAUGUGCUACAUGGGGUUGCCGAGCUCCCCAAAGCCGUGGCCAACAUCUUCCGUGAAAUACCAUGUAAGACGCCCUACGUUGAACUCCUGCCAAUCAACAACUGGCUUAACAAGCCCCAGAGAUUCCGGGUCAUUGUGGAAAUGAUAAAACCAGAGAAGCCAGAUCUAAGUGUCACCUUAAAAGGCCUUGAUUACAUUGAUGUUCUGUCUGGCUCCAAGAAAGACUACAAGCUGAACUUCUUUUCCCACAAGGAGGGACUAUACAGUGCAAAGGUGAUCUUCCGAAAUGAAGUGACCAGUGAGUUCUUACACUACCUGGUGAGUUUCAGGGUCAUCCCUUCAGGCGUCAUCAAAACCAUCGAGAUGACGAGCCCCGUCCGGCAGAGCACGUCAGCCUCCAUCAAGGUGGAGAACCCCCUGCCCUAUUUGGUGACCUUCUCCACGGAAUGCAGGGUGCCUGACAUCAGCCUGCCCUCCCAGUUUGUGGUGCCUGCCAACUCCGAGGGCACAUUUACAUUUGAAUUCCAGCCCCUGAGAGCUGGAGAAACCUUUGGGAGACUAACACUGCACAACAGUGAUUUGGGCUACUACCUGUAUGAGCUUAGUCUGAAGGCCACGCCAGCACUGCCUGAAAAGCCCAUCCACUUCCAGGCCAUUCUUGGCAGUGGUCAGAGCAUCUUCGCCAAGUUCAUCAAUUACACCCGGCAGAAGACCGAAUACUACUGCAGGACUGACUGUCAAGACUUCCACACGGAAAAGAUCAUUAACGCAGCCCCAGGGCCUCAAGGAGGCACCGAAGUCAGUGUGGAAGUCUAUUUUGAGCCCAGCCACCUGGGUGAGACCAAGGGCAUCCUGACGCUGUCAUCGAUUAUAGGCGGGGAGUAUAUCAUCCCCCUCUUUGGAGUGGCUCUGCUCCCGAAGCCCCAGGGUCCCUUCCUGAUCCGAGCCGGGUACAACAUAGUCAUCCCCUUCAAGAACAUUUUCUAUCAUACGGUCACCUUCUCCUUCAUCGUGGAGAACCCAGCCUUCUCUGUUCGUGCCGUAGACUCCGUGCGGCCCAAGAAGAUCAACAAUAUCACCGUCUCCUUUGAAGGAAACCCAUCGGGCAGCAAAACACCCAUCACCAGCAAGCUCAUUGUGUCUUGUCCUCCUAGCGAAGGCAAUGAAGCAGGGGUUAAAUGGGUUUAUUACCUGAAGGGGAUCACCCCUUAGUGGUAACUAAGGUCAGUUGCAUCAGUGGAAAGCCAUCUCCCCAGCCUUCAAAGUAUGUAUUAUUCUACCUGGCAAAGAACAGAGAAAAUAGCCAGAAUUCUACAGCUACUGUUUUAUCUCCUCCUUCAAAUAUAAGGGCACUUAUUUCCAUAUUAUAUGCACCCCAAAUAUAUACCUGAAAUAUAUACAGAUAUAUUUC